AUGGCGACUCAUUCCGCUUACGAGUACGAGGACAGAGGGGGUCAGAGGAUGCGACACAGGGUGGGAACCGCCUCUAGAGCUGCUGACUCCACCGUGGCCUGUACCAGUAGUCAAUAUUACGUGGGUCCGAGCAGCGACAUUAGCGAGGAAGAUCUAGCAGAGCUACCAUCUUGCGUUUACGCGGGCAGAUCCGCUCAACAUGUCGCCCACGCGUCUUCACACACCCAUUCGCCCCUGCACUAUCAUAUGCCAGUUUCCACGCCCGAUCACAACGACACGGAUAUGAAUGGCGUGGAGGAGGGUUAUUAUCCAAAUGGCAGCCCUUACAGAAUCCAACGACACGCUGCCAACAUACGCGAAAGGAAACGUAUGCUGAGCAGCAUCAACUCGGCUUUCGACGAGCUUCGAGUUCACGUACCAACGUUCCCAUACGAGAAGAGGCUGUCGAAGAUCGACACGCUGCGUCUGGCCAUAGCCUACAUCGCUCUUCUUCGGGAGGUGCUGGCUGCGAGACUCGAUCCGCUGACUUACGUCGAGAGGUGCCUUAGAGGAGAAAUAAAUGGGGAACGUGCCGAAUGGAACACUAGUGAUCUAACAGCGCGUUUAUCGUGGAUCAAUUGGGAGAACCUGGGAGUGAAUCCGAAUCGACGAUCGGUCCUCACCACCCUCGCCUUGACCACGGACAAUAUGAACUAA